AUGGCUGUCCCAACCGAGAUUGGCGGACCUCCUGGCCUGCCCUUUGUCGGUAAUAUCUUUGACCUACAGGAUGAGGUCCCUCUCCGGGCCAUCGAGCGCAUUGCCGACAUACACGGGCCCAUCUUUAAGGUAAAGGCACCCGGGCGCGAGUCGAUAAUGGUCAGUGGCUUUGACCUGUUCGACGAGCUCUGUGAUGAAACGAGAUUCUACAAACUGCUCGGCGGCAAGCUGGCCGAGGCAGCGGACGCGUCUGGCAAGCCGCGAGGCCUGUUCACGCAGAAGAGUGAGAAGGAGGAGGAUUGGGGCCAGGCUCACCGCAUCCUGAUGCCUGCCUUUGGACCUUUGGCAGUGGCUGAGAUGUUCGAUGAAAUGCACGAUAUUGCAUCGCAGCUUGUUCUCAAAUGGGCGAGGCAGGGCCCGACGCACAAGAUACAAGCAUCGGAAGACUUCUCGAGGCUAACGCUAGACACGAUCGCUCUGUGUGCCAUGGACUUUCGAUUCAACUCGUUUUACCAAGAGGAUAUGCAUCCAUUCGUGAAAGCCAUGAACACCACGUUGGGCGCGGCGAACAGCUCUGGACAGCUUGCCGGACUCAUCACCAGGCUGUUUCCUUCAUAUAACGAGGAGAUCAAACAGAGUGUCAAGUUCAUGGAGGAUACCUCACAGGAGCUGGUUCAGUACCGAAGAGACCAUCCCACUGAGAAGAAGGAUCUGCUCAACUCGUUGAUCAAUGGCAAGGACCCCAAGACAGGAAAGACUAUGAGGGACGGACUUAUUGCCGCAAAUAUGCAGACUUUCUUAAUCGCUGGCCAUGAGACGACGUCUGGAUUGCUUUCCUUCGCCUUCCUGCAGCUCCUUAAGAACCCAAAAGCUUACUUCGCCGCUCAGGCCGAGGUUGACCGAGUCGUAGGCCACUCGAAGCUCGAGCCCAAGCACGUCAACGAGCUCAAGUACAUCAACGCAGUGCUUCGGGAGACGCUGCGCCUCACGCCGACUGCGCCGGCCUUCAGCCGCGCGAUCCGCCCGGAGAACACAGAGGAUCCAGUAUAUAUCGGAGCAAAAGACCCAGACAGCAAGCACAAAUACGAGGUCCCCCGAGGAAAGUCGAUUGUAUGUCUCAUAGGCAAGAUCAUGCAGGAUCCCAAGGUGUUCGGCGAGGAUGCCGAGGAAUUUCGCCCAGAGCGCAUGCUCGAUGAAAAUUUCGAGAAGCUGCCCAAGAACGCGUGGAAGCCCUUUGGCACCGGUAUAAGGGCCUGCAUUGGGAGAGCGUUCGCAUGGCAAGAGGCUGUGCUGGCAGUGGCGUUGAUCCUGCAGAACUUUGACAUGCGCUUGGACGACCCAAAUUACGAGAUGAAGGUCGUGCAGACGUUGACGUUGAAGCCCAAGGACUUCUAUAUGCGGGCUAGUCUGAGGGAGGGAAUCACGCCGACAAUACUGCUGCAGAGGCUGAGCGGUGAAAGAGCUACUGGUGGCCAGCAGAAGAACAGCGUCGCACAGGGCGUCGAGGCCGUGGCAACCGGCGACUAUGCCCUCUCGAUCUUGUAUGGGUCGAACACUGGGACGUGCCAGGCUCUCGCCCAGAAGUUGGCGGCACAGUGUGCUCAAAGAGGGCUGUCGGCUAAUGUCCAAACAUUGGAUGCAGCCAUGGGUAAAGUUCCCAAGGAAAAGCCAAUUGUGAUCAUCACAGCCUCGUACGAGGGGCUUCCAACCGACGAUGCGGCCCGCUUCGUGGCGUGGCUAGAGAGCUUGAAGCAGGAGAGCGAAAGCAGUAAGCUCGAAGGAGUCAAGUAUGCUGUUUUUGGGUGUGGUCAUAGCGACUGGGCAUCCACCUUCCAGAAGAUCCCGACGUUGGUGGACGACAUUCUCCCUAGCCUAGGCGCAAAAAGACUAUCAGACCGUGGAUCAUCCGACGUCAGCAAGCAAGACACCUUUGGCGACUUCGAGACAUGGACAAGCGGCAAGCUUUGGCCGGCACUGGGCCCAUACUUGUCGUCAUCUGAGGACUCGUCCAAAUUCUCGACCAUUCCUACAAUCGAGAUCGAGCUUACAUCCGACGAACGUGCUGCUCAUCUCCAGCAAAAUGUGCAGUGGGCCAACGUUCUCGAUACCAAAGUUCUCACAGCAGAAGGCGAGCCGGAGAAGCGCCACAUCGAGAUCGAGCUUCCCUCUAACAUGAACUACUCCGCGGGCGACUACCUCGCCGUGCUACCAUUGAACCCAAAGGAGUAUGUCAGAAGAGUCAUGAACCACUUCAACUUGCCAUGGGACGGUAUGAUCACCAUCAAGGCGGGCUCAGCAACCUCACUUCCCACAGGCAAGCCCAUCGGCAUCUUCGACCUGCUCCGGGGAUACGUUGAGAUCUCUCAGCCGGCGACGAAGCAGGAUAUCGAAGCCUUGCUAUCAGUCUGCAGCACGGGAAGUGUCAAGGAGACACUGCAGAGCUACCUCUCCCCGGAAACCUUCGCAUCCGAGGUCAUCGAGAAGCGCAUCACCAUUCUCGACCUCCUGACAAGACACAAGACCGAUAUUCCCCUCCCAUUCGCCACCUUCCUUUCAUUGCUCCCGCCGAUGCGCACAAGGCACUACUCCAUCUCAUCCUCUCCACUAGCCUCUCCCAAUUCCGUAACAUUGACCUACGCCGUGCUCGAUGGCCCAGCAUGGUACCAGCCAAACGGAAAUCAUACUCCCAACAGCACCAACGGCGCAUCCAAGGACGAGCAGCCCAACCGCUUCCUCGGCGUGGCGGGCAGCUACAUGCGAUCCCUCACCCCAGGUGACCGCGUGCUGGUGUCGGUUCGCAGCACGAACAAGUACUUCCGGCUCCCGCUGGACAUGCAGGCGACGCCCGUGGUGAUGAUGGCCAACGGCAGCGGGAUCGCGCCGUUUCGCGGGUUCGUGCAGGAGCGCGCGACGCUCAUCGGCGAGGGCGGAAAGGCCCUCGCGCCCGCGGUGCUGUUCGUUGGGUGUCGGCGGCCUGAGCGCGAUCAGCUGUACAAGGAGGAGCUUGAGGCGUGGGCGAAGCUGGGGGCGGUGGAUGUGAGAUGGGUGUUUAGUCAACACCAGGAGGAGGGCGGCGAUGGGUGGAAGGAUUAUACGCCCGAGGAAGUCAAUUCUUUUGUCAAGGGGAUGAGAAACGAGAGAUAUGUGACGGAUAUCUUCUGA